AUGCCAUCCACAGUCGACGCGGCCAUCCUCACCGCGCUCUCGUUGUCACCCGAGUCCACAAAGAUCUCAUCACACGGUGCUUCGGGCUUUGCGUCCUCCUACAAGAUCACAUCGACACACAAUGGCCAGCCCAUCAGCUACUUUGUCAAAACAGGCAACGGCACCUCUUCAGAGACCAUGUUCAAGGGGGAGUACGCAUCCCUCAACGCCAUCCACGACGCGGUUCCCAACCUCUGCCCCAGAGCCCAUGCGCACGGAGCCAUGACCAGUGGGGGCAAGUACUUUCUCGCGACAGAUUUCUUGGACCUGGGUUCGAACGCCAGCGGCGGAUCAGGCGAAUCCCUGGCGAGCAAGAUCGCCAAGAUGCACACGACGACCGCGCCGACCCCGCAAGGCCACGACAAGCCCAUGUUUGGGUUCCCCGUGACGACGUGCUGUGGUGAGACACCUCAGGACAACUCGUGGAAGGAGAGCUGGGUGGAAUUCUAUGCAGAGAAUCGGUUGAGGAGCAUAUACCGCGCAGGCGUGAAGAAUCAAGGCCCGGACAAGGAACUGGAAGACGCCGUCGAGCAGACAGUCAGCAAGGUAACGCCCAGAUUGCUGGGCCAGGUCCAAGACAUCAAGCCCGUCGUCAUCCACGGCGAUCUCUGGAGCGGCAACCACGGAAGAGGUCAGAUUGGCGGCGUCGGCGGGGCAGAAGAGGUCGUCUACGAUCCCUCCUCGGUGUACGGCCACUCCGAGUAUGAGCUGGGCAUCAUGAAGAUGUUUGGCGGAUUCGGGGCCAGUUUUUUCAAGGAGUACGAGAAGUUGGUGCCCAAGGCGGAGCCAAGGGACGAGUGGGACGACCGCAUCAUGCUAUACGAACUAUAUCACCACCUCAACCACUAUGUCAUGUUUGGAGGCGGGUACCGCGGGGGCGCCAUGUCCAUCAUGCAGAAGCUCAUUCGGAAGUAUGGUAAAUAG